AUGUUACAAGUGGCAAACGUUAUAUCAGAAAAGAUAGAAAUUUUCCAGAAAGAUAUUGUCAAGACGACCCUAAAAGACUGUUUGUCAAAUAUAGAAAAUAAAAAUGUUAAGAUAGAUGAAACAGAACAGGCUUGUGUGGAAGGAAAACGUAUAGCUACAGAUAUUAUAGAAGCUAUGGGUACCGAAAAAGAUGCUCCACUACUGUGGAAGAGGAGAGUCACACCGGCACAUUCUCUAUAUUCAAGGCGUCUUGGCGAAAAUAAUAUGAAAAUCCGCAGAGAACAAGACACAACAAGGAUUGAACAGUUAAGGCACGAAAUGGAUGAUCUUAGGAAGGAGCAGAUUAAGAACAUUACUCCAGCUAUCAAGCUUUUUGCAAGAUACCUUGUUUCAAAAGCAGAGUCGCCGUCUUGUCUGAGAUUUAUUCUAGCAUGGCUGAACAUUUUUAUUCAAGUAGAAAAGCAAAAAUUACUGCCACAAUUAAUAAAAGAAAACAGAACUGCAUGGACUAGAAUGGGCGACAUAAAAAGCAAGAGCAAUCCGAAUUCUGAAGACAUUGCAAUUCAAAGAGAAUCUAUUAAAAGGACGGAAAACCAAAUACAAGAAGCCUCAUUCAGCAUAGAACUAUUGUUCCAUGAGAUAGGACACAUUUAUGAUACUAUCAUUAUUCUGAGGAAAGAUAGUACAAGCGUAGAGCUUCCAUCUGUCAAAACUAUGUUGGAAGUUUGUGCAUCACUUUUUGUAGAAGGCAACACACUGGAAUUAAUUGACGGUGAAGCGUUUCAUAUGUCUCAGCACUGGAUAGGAAAGGUUUUUGAAAAGGUCUCUGAAAUAAUGGGAUCUCCGAAAGUUCUGACAAUGUCGAUUUUAGGCAUUCAGAGCUCUGGUAAAUCUACCUUAUUAAAUACAAUGUUUGGCUCUCAAUUCCCAACAAGUGUUGGUAGAUGUACAAAGGGUAUACAAAUGAAAUUAUUACCCUUACGUAUAGAUAAUCUAUUUCAAUAUAUUUUAGUUUUGGAUACAGAAGGAUUAAGAGCUCCAGAUGACAGUGACGAAAAGUGUAACUUUGACAAUCAGAUGGCCACCAUAAUUACCGGGCUCGGUGAUAUAACAGUUAUGAACGUUAUGGGGGAAAACGCUAUGGCCAUCAGGGAUAUAUUACAAGUAGUGGUUCAUGCUUUUCUACGUCUUAAAUUAGCAGAUCCAAAUAUCGAUUUAAGAAAAAGGUGUACGUUUAUCCAUCACAACGUUUCAAGUGUAAUGGCUCUUGAUAAGAUGAGGCCAUCCGUAAGCAAACUGAUGGAGAUACUUGAUAGUGUCACGAAAGAUGCGGCUGAAAUGGAGGGCAUUGCAGAUGUUGUGGAAUUUAAUCAAAUAAUACAAUUUGAUAUGACAUCACAAGUUUGGUUUCUACCAAAUUUAUUGGAAGGGUGUCCGCCAAGAAUUAAAUGCGAAUACAGUUCUCAAGCUGCUGACAUCAAAAGUAAACUGUUACAGUUGGCAAUUAGUGACACAGAAAAGUCAUACGGUUCACUUAAUGACGUAAUAAUGCAUGCAAGAGAUUUAUGGAAAGGAGUCUUAACAGAAGACUUUGUUUUCUAUUUUCGAAAUAGUGAAGAAAUUCGGGCAUACAACUUGCUAGAAAGUAAAAUUCUGCACUGGUUGUCUGAACUGCAAUGCUUCUGUCGGAAAAAGUGCGUCGAAACUUCACAGGAAGUGUUCCAAAAAUGCAGUGAGCAACAAGAACUUGAAGGGGCAACGGAAGCAGCAAAUGAAUUAAUAUUCGACGAUCUUCACAAGAAAGAAAUUGAAGUUAAGCUAGAAAUUGAUAAAUGUUUCAAUGAAAAUGAAUUCAAAAAUGCAAUUUGUCGAUGGAAAGACGAAACAACAGCAAGAUUUGAGUAUACAUGCAUGGAUUUACGCAAUAGUAUCAAGAAAGAAACCGAAAGAUUUCGCCAAAAAAGGAGUAUUGAGAUAUUUCAAAAUUCCAAUCGCGCUGAGCACGAAGAUAAGCUUCAUAAGAAGUCAGUGAAACUUGCAAAAGACGCUAAAGAUUUGUCAGUUGAAGAAAUAAACAAACAGUUUGAAAACAUAUGGCAGGAAUUUGUAAAGGAAAUAGAAAACAAGUCCCACGUUCCAACAAUUUGUAUAUUUAAAAAAAGGCUUCACGAAAUGUAUAAAAAUGAUGCAUCGUUACAUGGUUUAAUUGAUGAGCAAACUCUUCAAUUCAACACGCCUGAUCACUUCUCAGGUAAUUUAUCAGAUCUCCUUUCGGAAAAAUUAAAUUUUUUAUUAAAGGAUGUCUUGCAAGUAACAAAUACCCUUACAAAUAUUGAAAAUAUAAUUCAGAGUUAUAUCACACGUCCUUACAGCAUCAAAGAUGAAAAUAUUAGUUUGUUUCUGGAAGAGGUUGAAAAAGAAAUCAAAUGUAAAAGCACAUGGAAGAAUGAAAGUUUAAAAAUGAAAACUAAGGCAGAAAUACUAGUUAUCAUUUGUUGCUACUCAUCACGUCUUUUUGAUAAACAUAAUAUAGAUCCAAGAACCCAUCAAAGUGAACCAUUAUCGGAAAAACAUGUCCACAAUUAUCUUUACAAGUUAUUUGCUACUGAAAGAGCUAUUGUGUGCCAAAUGAUAAAUCAAAAGCCUCCGUCUGCUAGCUUAAAGUUAAGAAACAUAGAAGAAUAUGCUGACGAUAUAAGCAUACCUCGCCACUUUUUCAAUGUAAGUAAAAUAAUAGUAAGCGACAAGAAAAAGAUAUCGCUAGUUCGUCCUCAUGUUGACAAAAUUCUUUCAGAAACCCGUUUACAAAUAGAUGAGUUAUGCCAAACAGAUACAGAAAUGUCAGAGUUUAAUAUCAAAACAGUUUUAUACAAUGCAAAAAAGGACAUUGAAAAUUUGAAAACACAUAAAAAUGAAUUUACUUUGACGAACAGAUUUACGAUUCGAAUUUGUGUCCAUGUGGGUGAAUAUGCCUAUAGCAAAUUUCAGAAGCAAAACGAAUUAUAUCAAGAAAAAAUUGCAAGACGUUUAACCAACUACAAACAAUCUGUAAGAGCUCAGUUUGAUGCAUAUUUGUCAGACAGGAAGCAAGAAGACACGGCGGCUUUAUUGAUAAGUAGUGAAAUAGAAACCAUUGCUCGAGAAGCCAUUAGAUUGUUCAUGCCUAGUAAAGUAUUGCGUGAAUUACGAAAAACGACAAUACCCCGAACAAAAUUGGAUUUAAUUAUAGACAUGUUAACUGAUAUGGCUGAAGGAGAGAAGUUUUUUCCGUUUACGUUUUAUAUUGAAAGCCCAAGUGAGUAUGCAGAAGCGUGGAUAACAAAACAAUCAAAGAAUUAUUUGUUUGCAGAAAAUUCAACAGGUUACUUUAAAAUUGCUUCACGAAGAAUUUCUAAGAUUUUCGAAGAUAUUUAUAAUGCUAUUAAUGCUACUACUGAUUUAUUGAAGCAUUGUCCGCCUACUUUAGAAAUGUGGAUGGAACAACUAAACAAAAAUCUUAAACAGUGCCGAAUUCUAGAUGAGAAUAUCCGUAAUGCUAAACGGGAAAUCAUAACAAUCCAAAAUGUUACUAAUUUUAAUAGAAUCCUUUUGAUUAACUUAAAAAAGUCAAAAAACAAAUUGACAUCCGAAGCAAAGAAGGAGACAGAGGACACAAUAGUGUGGGGUUCAUUAAAUCCUUAUAAAGAGGUCUUUAGAAUGUACUGGGGAUGUGAAGAACAAUGUAGAUAUUGCGGAGAACCAUGUUGUCAAAGUAAGCAUGACGAAAAGAGUUCUAAACAUAGAUGUUUACAACAUAGACCAGGAUGCUGUUCUGGAAUCCAGGAUAGUGCAUCCAAGACAGCAAUGCUAGAAACAUGUAACUUCAACGUCCAAAAGCUUGGCAAAAGUCACAACUGCCUUGCAUUCAAUUUUGUUUGUUAUCGCUUGGCAGGAAAGCCAUGCGAUGAUAAUACAAUGCAUUUGUUCAAGGAUUACCGGAAAUAUCUUCCUUACUGGGAUAUCAAACCAGACAUGGAUAUGUCUGAGAACUCUGAGUUUUGGAUGUGGUUUGUUGCUACAUACAAAAAGCAGUUAGCCGAUUAUUAUGGUUAUGAUGUUUCUAAUGUUCCUGAAUCGUGGUUGUGUAUUUCGAAAGAAUCUGCUAUCGGAAGCUUACGCCGCUAG